UAUUUUAUAAGGUUCUCACUCACUUCUCCUCAUCUCCUGACGGGUGGCAUGGCAUCUUCUCCACAAUGCACAGGCAUGCUGCACCCACCGAUAAAUAUAUUGUCUUGAAGUUAAUUUUUAAUAUAUUUGCAACAAAAAAGCAGCGUCAGCGAGAUUAGUGCGCCAGGACACAUAGGUCACUCAUGCUUCCCUGAAAACGCGGUCGCGUGAAUAUAUAUAUAUUUAAAGGGUUAGCCCUGGAGAUCCUAGUGCUUAUGUUAGUGCAAGGGGUUGGCUGUCGGACAGAACAAGUUAUUAAGAAAGAGAAAUGAAAGGUGAUCGGAAGAUUGGAGUUGCACUGGACUUCUCCAAGAGCAGCAACGCAGCGCUGGCCUGGGCCAUCAAUAACCUCCUUGAUAAGGGUGAGACCCUCAUCGUCAUCCAUGUCAAGCACGCCAACGCUAAUAAACACGCCCUCUGGCCCAAAUCCGGAUCUCCUCUGAUUCCUUUGUCGGAGAUGCGGCAGCCGGAGGUCAUGAAGCAAUACGAUCUGGAAACCGAUACAGAAGUGCUCGAUUUGCUUGACACCGCUGCAAGCCAGAAGGAGGCAACAGUUGUGACCAAGUUGUACUGGGGUGAUGCGAGGGAGAAACUCUAUGAAGCUGUUCAAGAAUUGAAGCUGGACUCGCUGGUUAUGGGAAGCCGAGGCCUUGGCACAAUUCAGAGAAUCAGGUGCCCAGAAGGCUGAGAUAGGAUUGUGGAGGAGCACGCGCCAGACUCAAGGCAAACCACCUUCCAGAUUUCAAGACUAUAUAGUAUAAUAUGAAAUACAGUGAAAUGCUGGUUAAUUGGUUGUUUGGAAUAUGCUUAUGAAUGUAAUUAGGAGAAGGGUAUUUGAGAAGGUUCCGGUUAUAGUGCUAGCUGUCCUGGCACAACUAAUGUUUGAUGAAAUGCCAGAGUGGCAAGGUUGUUAGGAUUUGUAUUGAUUCCAUAUAAAUAGAGCAGUGAUGAAUAGAGAAGGCAUCUUUUGGCCUGAAA